AAUGUGCGUCACUGCGCACUGCGCCUGCAAACGCUAGUACUCUUGCCAUUCGCCAUGGCAGAACCUGGCAGUUGGCAAUAUGACAUACCGCGCGAGUAGACGUAGAGGAGUCAGCUUCUUCACUUGACUAGGACCGGAAAGGAGGCCGGAGGCAACAAAAUGAACGAAAACGAGGACGAAGAGAAAGCACCUACAGCCACGACCAAACUGUUGCAAUGGGACGAACACAUUCCAACAUACAACGGAAAGCAACCGUCCUGUCUCGAAAAUUACUGGAAACUGCCAAAGGUCGACGACGAAAUCGAAAACGGAACGCCAGUCCUCGUAUUCUUCACAACGAGCACCUAUGAGUAUAAAGACAAGGCGCACAACAAGCAGCUGCGCAAAAGCGCGUCGAUGGAUGCUAGGGCCAUUGUACUCUUGGAAAAUUCGCCUGACAGCUACCAGCAUGGCGUGGAAUUGCCCGUCACCAAGUACACCAACAAGGAUCUCGGAAUCAUGGCAAUGAAAGAGGAAAAGGUGGCAGGAACGAGCAGUAAAAUGAUCUGAGAUGGUGGGUGAAGAGAUGAAGUUCCGCAUAACGUUGAGCGAUCGUAUCACGCAAGAUGUCUCUCCUCUUUACUUAGAAGGAA